AUGGCUUCGACUGGAACGACCGAUCCAAGAGAACAAAGAUCCCUGCUAGCUUGGCCUUUUCUCGCCGUUAUCAAUGUCCGUGAAGCAAGGGAAAUGAUUUCGAGAUUCCUUCAGCCUCUCGUAUCUCUACUCCACCAGUAUGAGUCCCCAGGAGGGGAAAUAGCGCCGGUGAUGGAUUCAAGGCUACAUGUCCAUUUUUCCGAGCGAAAUUUCCCAUUGCUUCGAUACUUGCCGGAGAAGUUCCACCCGUUCGUUGUCGAUCCCAUUAGGAACGUGUUCAUAACUACGGACGACUCUGAGAAGCUGGAGCUUAUCAAUCGCAUCAAAAACUUGGAGAGGAAUGCAAAUCUCGAGUCCGAUCACAAGCAAUUACAAGGAAAAUGCGCUGAGGUGGAGAGAUUGAAGCAAAUCUGCUCGGACGAAAAUCGGCAACUUUCCGCUGAUUGUACGCUUACGAAGGCGCAAGCCUCUAUCUAUGACUUAAGAGUAAAGGUGCGAGAGACCAGAAAAAAGCUUGACAAGGCGAAAGCGUCGUUGGGCAUAGCCAUGGAGGUUCUGGAGAGAGAUAUCCAGUGGGUCGCCAGAGAUGCCCCUUGGUCCCGAACGUAA